CCUGGGACAAACUGUUUUAGGAGUCAUGGAUGUCAAAUUGUGGGUUUUCUUUCAUUCUAGGUUCAAAGGACCUUGUGGUAAAAGCACAGGUUUUAGCUGGUGGUAGAGGAAAAGGAACAUUUGAAGGUGGCCUCAAAGGAGGAGUGAAAAUAGUUUUUUCUCCAGAAGAAGCAAAAGAUAUCUCCUCCAAAAUGAUUGGAAAGAAGUUGUUUACCAAGCAGACAGGAGAAAAGGGCAGGAUAUGCAAUCAAGUGUUUAUCUGUGAGCGCAGAUAUCCCAGGAGAGAAUACUAUUUUGCCAUAACAAUGGAAAGGUCAUUUCAAGGUCCUGUGCUGAUAGGCAGCUCUCAGGGUGGUGUUAAUAUUGAAGACGUUGCUGCAGAGAAUCCUGAUGCGAUAAUUAAGGAACCCAUUGACAUAGUAGAAGGCAUAAAAAAGGAGCAAGCUAUUAGGCUUGCCCAAAAAAUGGGAUUUCCUUCUAAUCUGGUGGAUGAAGCAGCUGAAAAUAUGAUCAAAUUAUAUAAUCUUUUUCUGAAAUAUGAUGCUACUAUGAUAGAAAUAAACCCUAUGGUGGAAGAUGCAUCAGGAGUUGUUAUGUGCAUGGAUGCAAAGAUAAAUUUUGACAGUAAUUCAGCCUAUCGUCAGAAGAAGAUCUUUGAUAUGCAAGAUUGGACACAGGAAGAUCAGAGAGACAGGGAGGCGGCAAAAGCUGAUCUCAACUAUAUAGGACUAGAUGGAAACAUAGGCUGUUUAGUCAAUGGUGCUGGUUUAGCUAUGGCCACAAUGGAUAUAAUUAAACUUCAUGGAGGAACUCCAGCAAACUUCCUUGAUGUUGGCGGUGGUGCUACAGUGCAGCAAGUAACAGAAGCCUUUAAACUUAUUACCUCUGAUAAAAAGGUACUGGCUAUUCUGGUAAAUAUUUUUGGUGGCAUUAUGCGAUGUGAUGUGAUUGCACAAGGUAUCGUUAUGGCCGUAAAAGAUUUGGACCUAAAAAUACCUAUUGUGGUACGGUUGCAAGGUACACGAGUUGAUGAUGCCAAAGCUUUGAUAACAGCUAGUGGCCUCAAAAUUCUUGCCUGUGAUGACUUGGAUGAAGCUGCUAAAAUGGUGGUGAAACUUUCUGAAAUAGUAACCCUAGCAAAGCAAGCUCAGGUGGAUGUUAAAUUUCAGCUGCCAAUUUGACCUGAGAAAUGUCAUGCCACUGCCCGAUAUGUUCUCUGAAAUACUGUGUUCUGUGGGAUAUCUUUCUUCUUUUGUGUGGAAGUUUGUUUGACAGGCGCACAAACUUAAAAUACCUGGUCUUUAAUGUUAACAUUCAGAAUGGUCAGAAUUCUUGUAAAAGUGUGUAUUUCUGAUAUUUAGUCCUUAGUUGCUGUUCGCAAGCCUCCAGCUUCUGCUGCAGAAUGUCACUUGCAAUAUACUUCUACAUUGUCCAAAGCAAAGCUUCUGGUUGAAAAAUAAUUAUUCUGAAUAAAUUCUAAAGUUACUUUACUUGUAAAUUUAUAUUAGCCUUGGUUAAAAAUAAAUAUGACAAGACUCUAGUUGUCCAUGUGAAGAAAUAUAUCGAAACGGUAUUUUAUAUUGGAGACAGUUGUAUUUAGCUAUAUAAUGGACUUGAACAAACCAAUCAUUAUUUAUAAACAGGUGCAUUUAACUUGCCCAGAAAUGUUUUUAGAGUGCUUUUCUGAAGUGGCUGGUUACUCUUCUGGACAACAUGUUUAAUCACUACAAAGUAUACUGUAGCACUUAGAUUUUCAUGAUUUCUGGUCCUUAUAAGAAAGCAUCAUGUAAUUUUGUAUAUGAGCAAGCAUUUACCAUAUACUUCAAGGAGACGAAACACAUGGAGAACUAGAAUGUCUAUUGUACAUCGGUAAUAAACAUGUACAUUAAUAAAAUGUCUCCUAAAACCUUAA